GUCUGGAGGGGGAGGAGGGCUGAAGUGGCAGGUGGGCUAAAGAUCGACGGACAUGGAGAGAUUUAUGAAAGUCUCAAUCCACACUGAGGUUCAGUCAACAACAUGAAGAGUAUUGGUACCAGUUGACUUGAAAAUGCCUUUUUGGCUGUCUGUCCUUCUAAAAAUGUUCUAUUUUAAAUACAAGCUUUUUCAGAGGCAGUAGGAUAGUUUGCCAUGCUUCGCCUUGGUAUAAAGAAAGGUUCUGCUGCUCGAUGUUGGCCGUGUGCACCGCAGUACAUGCCUCCCCUAAUGCCAAGAUGUACAAGAUAUAUGGAUCUUUGGAACGGACAGGGUGACUAUGACACAGCUAUGAGUAGCAUACAGUAUACACGCUCACAGUACAUCUGUAAACUGUACCAGGCGUCUUGCCACUCUCUUUCUCUGCUCUUUCCCCCUUUCGCUCUCUCUCUCCAUCUACUAGUCCUCUGCCCUCGCUCUCACCCCUUCUCUCACCCCUUCUCUCGCUCUCUCUCUCACCCCUUCUCUUGCUCUCUCUCUCUCUCUCACCCCUUCUCUUGCUCUCUCUCUCUCUCUCACCCCUUCUCUUGCUCUCUCUCACUCUCCCCUUCUCUUGCCCUCUCUCUCACCCCUUCUCUUGCCCUCUCUCUCCCCUUCUCUUGCCCUCUCUCUCACCCCUUCUCUUGCCCUCUCUCACCCCUUCUCUUGCCCUCUCUCUCACCCCUUCUCUUGCCCUCUCUCUCACCCCUUCUCUUGCCCUCUCUCUCACCCCUUCUCUUGCCCUCUCUCUCACCCGUUCUCUUGCUCUCUCUCUCACCCCUUCUCUUGCCCUCUCUCUCACCCCUUCUCUUGCCCUCUCUCACCCCUUCUCUUGCUCUCUCUCACACCCCUUCUCUUGCUCUCUCUCACACCCCUUCUCUUGCUCUCUCUCACACCCCUUCUCUUGCUCUCUCUCACACCCCUUCUCUUGCUCUCUCUCUCACCCCUUCUCUUGCUCUCUCUCACACCCCUUCUCUUGCUCUCUCUCUCACCCCUUCUCUUGCUCUCUCUCACCCCUUCUCUUGCUCUCUCUCUCACCCCUUCUCUUGCUCUCUCUCUCACCCCUUCUCUUGCUCUCUCUCUAACCCCUUCUCUUGCUCUCUCUCUCACCCCUUCUCUUGCUCUCUCACCCCUUCUCUUGCUCUCUCUCUCACCCCUUCUCUCUCUCUAACCCCUUCUCUUGCUCUCUCUCACCCCUUCUCUUGCUCUCUCACCCCUUCUCUUGCUCUCUCACCCCUUCUCUUGCUCUCUCUCACCCCUUCUCUUGCUCUCUCUCACCCCUUCUCUUGCUCUCUCUCACCCCUUCUCUUGCUCUCUCUCACCCCUUCUCUUGCUCUCUCUCACCCCUUCUCUUGCUCUCUCUCACCCCUUCUCUUCCUCUCUCACCCCUUCUCUUGCUCUCUCUCACCCCUUCUCUUGCUCUCUCUCACCCCUUCUCUUGCUCUCUCUCACCCCUUCUCUUGCUCUCUCUCACCCCUUCUCUUGCUCUCUCUACAUUUCUCUCUCUUUCUCUGCCAUUUCAACUUUGCAGAUUUUAUACCAUUUUGCUUACUGCUUUUGUAAUUUUUUUCUGACAUUUAAAACAUUUUAAAGAAUGUUCUCAUUCUUGUGACAGUUUUAUAUGAUAGAUUUCUCCUAAAAAAAAAGAUAUAUAUGCUACCAAGUAUUUAAUGUUCAACAUAGGCCUAGAUGAUUCAUAAAACAUUUUCUAUUGUAUAUCAGUGUGGAAAAUUAGCUACAUUUUAUAUAACUACUUUUGAACCACAUUUGAAUGCUGUUUUAGAGUUCAUGCACCAACACUAUUCAAUUGACAUUUGACUUUAAGGUUUGGUUUUCCUAUUGUCUGUGCAAUAGAAGUUAUUUGCUCCACUUUAGUAUUGGUUUGUAAUGUUCGAAGGAUAUUUAUCUUGAUCUCUGCUUUAUUUAAGUAUAAUGAAAUCGUUGACAGAUUGACGUGUUGUAUGGGGUAGUUGGCUGAUUCUCGUAGAUUUAGAGUUUUUCCCCAUUUCAACCUGUGCAUGAACAGUAAUAUUACUUAUGCGUUCUGUCGGUACGAUGGUAACAUAUAGGACUUGAGUCGAUUUUUGCCUACUGGCCUUACCUGUCGACCACAAUGAAAUGGAAGGAAAGAAGCAUGUGUACUUGAUGAAGUAUUGACUUUUUUACCUGCCUUGCUUUGUACUCGAGUGCUUUUCCUCCCUAUUCCCUUAUUGCUUCAAGUGCUCUUGCCAUUUUGAGGGGCAUGAAGUCACGCCAAUGUAAAAUUUUGUAGAAAUAAAAGACUCUUGUUGACAUUUCUCUCUGUGGGGGUUUUGGUUUAAAAAAAUGGACCAGUUGCAUUGCAUCCAUCUUGGAACAUAAUGUACUUCCUGUGAUGAUCACGUGUCAGAUUACAGUGCAUUGUAACCUAAUCACCACAUUCUUAUUGGCAGACUCAACAGCCUUUUGUUUCUCAAAUGAUUGCCUCGCCUGGUUCACCAACUACUUCUCAGAUAGAGUUCAGUGUGUCAAAUCGGAGGGCCUGUUGUCCGGACCUCUGGCAGUAGUCUCUGUGGGGGUGCCACAGGGUUCAAUUCUCGGGCCGACUCUCUUCUCUGUAUACAUAACGUUGCUGCGGGUGAUUCCCUGAUCCACCUCUACGCAGACGACACCGUUCUGUAUACCUCUGGCCCUUCUUUGGACACUGUGUUAACUAACCUCCAGGCAAGCUUCAAUGCCAUACAACUCUCCUUCCGUGGCCUCCAAUUGCUCUUAAAUGCAAGUAAAACUAAAUGCAUGCUCUUCAACCGAUCGCUGCCCGCACCUGCCCGUCUAGCAUCACUACUCUGGAUGGUUCUGACUUAGAAUACGUGGACAACUACAAAUACCUAGUUGUCUGGUUAGACUGUAAACUCUCCUUCCAGACUCACAUUUAAGCAUCUCCAAUCCAAAAUUAAAUCCAGAAUCGGCUUCCUGUUUCGCAAAAAAAAAGCAUCCUUCACUCGUGCUGCCAAACAUACCCUCGUAAAACUGACCCGUCCUACCGAUCCUUGACUUCAGCGAUGUCAUUUACAAAAUAGCCUCCAACACUCUACUCAACAAAUUGGCUGCAGUCCAUCACAGUGCCACCUGUUUUGUCACCAAAGCCCCAUAUACUGCCCACCAUUGCGACCUGUACGCUUUCGUUGGCUGGCCCUCGCUUCAUACUCGUCGCCAAACCCACUGGCUCCAGGUCAUCUACAAGUCUUUUUCUAGGUAAAGCCCCGCCUUAUCUCAGCUCACUGGUCAACAUAGCAACACGCACCCGUAGCACGCGCUCCAGCAGGUAUAUCUCACUGGUCACCCCCAAAGCCAAUUCCUACUUUGGCCGACUUUCCUUCCAGUUCUCUGCUGCCAAUGACUGCAACGAACUGCAAAAAUCACUGAAGCUGGAGACUCAUAUUUCCCUCGCUAACAUUAAGCACCAGCUGUCAGAGCAGCUCACAGAUCACUGCACCUGUACAUACCCCAUCCAACUACCUCAUCCCCAUACUGUUAUUUAUUUUGCUCCUUUGCACCCCAGUAUCUCUACUUGCACACUCAUCUUCUGUGCAUCUAUCACUCCAGUGUUUAAUUGCUAUGUUGUAAUUACUUUGCCACUAUGGCCUAUUUUUUGCCUUAACUCCCUUAUCUUACCUCAUUUACACACACUGUAUAUAGACUUUUUAUUUUUCUAUUGUAUUAUUGACUGUAUGUUUGUUUAUUCCACGUGUAACUCUGUUUGUGUCGCACUGUUUUGCUUUAUCUUGGCCAGGUCGCAGUUGUAAAUGAGAACUUGUUCUCAACUAGCAUACCUGAUUAAAUAAAGGUUAAAUAAAUAAAUUAAAUAAAUAGUUUCUAGCAGUACUGCUAAUAAGCUCUAUGGGUCAGUACUGGAUCCCAAUGUGUUUAUGAUGGUUAUCGUUAGGUAGAAAUUCAGCAUUAUCAUUAAAAACAUAUUUCAUUGUUGACUUCCAUUCAAAUGGAAGUCAUCUCUUUGGUAAAAAAAUACAUUUAAAAAAAGCAUAAAUGGUCAGAGACAAACCCUUCACUGUACAUACCGUUUGAGCUAGACAAUGAUGAUGACAGUUUUUAAAGUUGCUCGCCAUAAAAUAUAUAUUCGUGGGAUUUGUAGUCCUUGUAGUACAGAUCGUUCUGUCUGACCUACGGGAGCCUCUAUAGCUCAGAACUACAGAUGAAUAAUUGGCUGAUUAUCCGGAGUACACGUCAGACAGGAAAACAGCCCUAUAAAUAGUCUGCUCUUCCCUUGUUCGCUCUUUCGCUGAGUUAAAACGUCUGUCGGAAGCAUUAUGGCUAUCAUUAUAAAACUAGGUUAUAUUUGGCAUCCGGACAGAAAAUACAAUACAUCCGUCAUAAAAUGAUAAACUACCUUUGGGGAUCUGUAAUGAGGGUGAUUUUCGGUCUACAGAGGCGGCUGUAAGAAGUCCGUGACAUGAAGCUGCCAUCACGUCGUCAGGACUUAGGCGCUCAGUGUGGCAGUCUGGUUGGUCAAUCUGAGACCAUGUGACCUGCAGUGAUCCUCGGCCCUCUGGUUCCAUAGAUGGGAGGGGCUUCCCACCACAAUGGCUGCCCAUCCUGUGGUUUCUCUGGAGUGUUGUGUUUCUGAACCAGAAGGGUGCUGAUUGACUUUCAUCAUGUUCAAGGGGUGGUUACUACCUACAGCUGGUGUUAUCCAAUACAUGUGCUAUGUAUCAAACUAAGCAUUGUGUGUGGGCCAAGUCGUGAGCAAAAUCUUGUAGUGAAUGUGGAGAUUGGCCAAGUUCAAGAGACUAGACUGUUUGGUUUAACCCUGGAUUGUAAAACUGAAAUGGUACAUUUAAUUAUUUAACAGUGGGGGGUGUCUAACACUGCUCUGGUUUCUUGAUAAUCAAUUAGUUUAGGCCCUAGUUUUAGCACACCUGGGCUACAGUCCAAACACUUAAGACGCACCCUACCCCCUUCAGCCCUCAUUAAGUGGACACUUCUGAUAACCUAUAAUGAUAUCAAUGUUGCAAUUUAGCGAGUUGUGACAAUUUCUUGGUGUCCCUAAAUUGUUAAACUGAGAAGGUGUAACGGUAGCUGAGAUGGGGAGGGCUGUCUGCGAUAAAGCGCUGCUUUCCGAUCCACAAAACAAUUACUACGGGCUAGUUUUAUCACACCUGAAUUACUGCCCAGUUAUAUCCUAAAGUGCCACAAAGGACAGGCAAAUUGGUUGGCCCAGAAUGGGGAAGUACUGCCGGCCCUUAAAGGGAUACUUCAGUCUUUCUUUUUAAUGGGGCCUUUUAUUUACUUCUCCAGUCUGAUGUCAUGGAUAUCAGUUUGGUCUGCAUCCAGUUUAAAGGAAGUAGCCAGCUAUUGCUUAUAGCGUUAGCAGAUGUUAGCAGAUACCACAGACAAUCUUCAUUUCGCUAACGCUGACUUACAAUUGUGCCAGUUAGCUACUUCAUUUCGAACUAGAUGCAGAGACAUAAAUGGUAUUGAGGUCAUCUGACUCUGGAAGUAGACAAUAGAGCCCAGUUGUCAAAAGCCUAAAGUUACAAUGUACUCGUCACCCCUCCCUCUGCUUGCCCUACCUAUAAACUCCCGAGUGGCGCACCUGUCUUAAGGUGCUGGGGACCUCUCUACAGACACCCUGGUUUGAAUCUAGGCUGUGUCACAACCGGCCAUGAUCGGAAAUCUCUUAGGGCGUCAUCCAGGUUUGGCCAGUGUAGACCGUCAUUGUAAACAAGAAUUUGUUCUUAACGAUUUGCCUACUUUAAAAAUAUACGUAUUUAAGUGUACCCUACAACUGGUGUCAGCAACAGUAUGGUUGAUCUCCAGUGUGAAGACUGGUGUUCAGUUUGAAUAUUUUUAUGAUGUCAAUAAAGUUUUAUAACGUUU